CCAACUGCCCGUCAUGCGGUGUCCAUUACAUUAUGCCUUAUAUUUCGGUUGAGUAGUGGUAUAUAAGGUGGAAGCCACGGAGUUGGUGCUCACUGCAGUAGCCAGUUUCAUCCCUGUGAAUCCAAACCCAAACCCUAAGGACAACCAGAGGCUAAUCAUGGCAUUCGCUGGUAUUCUGAAUGAUGCUGACAUCACUGCAGCCCUGCAGGCCUGCCAAGCUGCUGACUCCUUCGAAUACAAGAGCUUCUUCGCCAAGGUUGGUCUGUCUGCCAAGACUCCUGAUGACAUCAAGAAGGCCUUUGCUGUCAUUGACCAGGACAAGAGCGGCUUCAUUGAGGAGGAUGAGCUUAAACUGUUCCUGCAGAACUUCUCUGCUGGCGCCAGGGCACUCACUGAUGCAGAGACAAAGGCCUUCCUGAAAGCUGGAGACUCUGAUGGUGAUGGCAAGAUUGGAGUUGAUGAGUUUGCUGCCUUGGUCAAAGCAUAAAUGGCACCUGACCAACAACUUUUGCUGACAAUCAGUAUUGUAGCCUGAGAUCUCCACUAUUUUAUCGGGGUGGCUGAUUUUUAUACACAAUUCUAACUGUCCACUCCCAUGCUGCACCUGGUCCACAAUGACUGUCAACGUCACACGGUCUUUCGCGUUGUAGAUAUGCAUGUUGGUUACUGUAAAAUCUCUGAUGCUGUUUUUGGGAAAGGACAAUGAGAAAAUAAAUACUAUUUUUCA